CUCCAGGCGAUCGAGACGCCAAUGAGCAGUGAUUUACUUUUAGAAAACGGUAUUAAAUACAAGAAGUACAAACUAGUGAUCAGUGAUCGGUGAUCGGUGUUCUUAAGGAUAAUAUCAAGACAUAAUGGAUAAACUCAAGUACAGCCGUUGUCCGCUCAAAAAGCGUCCGAUAAUGUUGAAGGAGGAGUCCUAUCAGGAGGAUAAUCUCAGUCAUGAUGAAGGUCCUGUGGACUUAAGUGUGGCUUCGGCAGCGGUUCCCUUCGAGCCGCAUUGGUCUGUGAGGCCGGAGCAGGAGUCGCAUUGGUCCGUAAAGGAGAAUCCGGAGGCGCAACACGUUCCCGCCGCCUUGCGGAAGCGAUUCGAUGCUGCCAUGAACCAAACCAAAGAGCAACUCGCCCGUCGCAUAUGGGAGGAGACCCGGGAAAUAGCUCGAGCUUUUCCGGAUGUUUUCACACGCGAGGAAAUCGCCAAGAGCUUGGCGCGCUUGGGUUAUGGAGAGUUCGAGCUACCGCCCGAGGAAGAGGUGAUGGAGCCGGAAGCCGAGCAAGAGCCAGAGCCGGAACACGAUCAGGAGAACUAUCCGUUGCGGAACUACAACAACAACCUCCUGAAAAGCAUUGCGGAGUACGAGGACUGCAUGAAAAUGCCUUCGAUCAAAGAGGAAGUGCCUCCAGUGCCACAAAAUAUAUACUACACCCCACCCCCUUCUGUCGCCGAGCCCGAAGAUCUCUCCGUGACCCAAAGGCGAGUCCUGAGCGAGAACAUGAACAUACAGAAUGUGGCCAGGGCUCUACUGAGUAUGCAAAACAUGCAACCCCAAAUGCCCCCCAGUGCCCAGGACAUGGAGCACGAGGAUCAGGAGAACCAGGACCUCAACCAGUUGAAAAUCAAGAGCAGCAACGACUUGUACUACCAGUGCCAGCAGUGCAACAAAUGCUAUGCCACAUAUGCCGGCCUGGUGAAGCAUCAGCAGAGCCAUGCCUACGAGAGCACGGAGUACAAGAUCAUCAGGAGUCAGCCCGGAGGAUCGGCCCCCAUUGUGGAUCAAACGGAGUUCUGCACAGACCAGGCUUCAGCCUUGAUCCAGGCUGCCAAUGUGGCCUCUGCCCAGAGCAUGCAGAAGCCGGUGGGUGUGCCGCGGUACCACUGCCAGGACUGUGGGAAGAGCUAUUCCACCUACUCAGGACUCUCCAAGCAUCAGCAGUUCCACUGUCCGGCCGCCGAGGGUAACCAGGUGAAGAAGGUGUUCAGUUGCAAGAACUGCGACAAGACCUAUGUGUCCUUGGGCGCCCUCAAGAUGCACAUUCGCACCCACACCCUGCCCUGCAAGUGCCCCAUCUGCGGCAAGGCCUUCUCCCGGCCGUGGCUCCUGCAAGGACACAUUCGCACCCACACGGGCGAGAAACCCUUCAGCUGCCAGCAUUGCAAUCGUGCCUUUGCCGAUCGCUCCAAUCUGCGGGCUCACAUGCAAACCCACUCGGAUGUCAAGAAGUAUUCCUGCCCCACCUGCACCAAGUCCUUUUCGCGCAUGUCCUUGCUGGCCAAGCACUUGCAGAGCGGCUGCCAGAACGAGGCGAAUGGCAAUCCUGCCACCAACGGCUUCGACCAGCAGCAGUUGCAGCAGCAUCUGCAGGGAUACGAGGACGCCGCUGGUGGCAACGGCCACCAAAUGUACUACACCGGCAGUGUGGGGAGCAGCAACGGGGAGGAGGAGGACACAGGGGACUACCCCCACCACAACCCCCAGGCCAUUUACAAACUAGAGUCAUAGAAGCCAAAGUCAGAACGAGGGAAUCAGUCAGUGCCAAAAAUUAGUCAGGGCAAUUAUAUUGCCUCUUAGGGUCUCUAGAUUAUCACAUUAACUUAUUAAACAAUAAUCUCUCUAAAUUAUUAACUAAAAUUUAGAUUCUAAAUUAUUAAUCAUCAUAUCAAAGUUUCUAGUAUUAGGGUCCAUUGUUGCAGAUUGUUUUCGUUGAAAGAACUUUGUAUUAUAGUUAGGCUGUUGUUGAAACUGAAGAGUGUACAAAUCGAAAUGGUGCCGAGAAUAAACCCACUAGCAAGUACUACUUAUAAU